AUGAGCAGUAGUUAUUUACCUUUAGAUCCUCUAUCAUCGAGUAACAACAAUGAAGAAGAUGAAUAUGGUGAAAACAUAAAUAUCAACGACUCUAUCAUCAUUAAUAGUCAAGAUGUAGAUGGAGGUAACAACAAUAAUAAUAGUAGUAGUAGUAAUAUAAAUGAAAACACAAACCUACUUGCAAAUAGAGAGGGUGGUGAAAAGAUAUCAGAGGAAGAUCUAGAAGAAGAAGCCGAUCUUGAAGAUUUCUCUCAUAUGAUCAUUGCUAUCCUCAAACCUGUAACAAUAACAAUGCUUUUAGUAGUAUGGGCAGUAAGAAAACUAUCUAUAUCAAAUAAUCUUAAUUCAUAUGUUGGUAUAACAGUUUAUUACAAUGAAUCAAGUAAUGAUUCUACUGGAGAGAAAAUAUGGGGAUCAUUACUCAAUGGAUUAAUCUUUCUUGUCACCAUUCUAUUUACAACCGUUUGUUUUGUCUUUUUGUACAAGUAUCGUUGUCUAAAGGCUAUUUAUACUUGGUUGUUCCUUUCAGUUGGUGUUUUAUUGGCUGCAACUGGUGGUUACAUAUUUUUGGCAAUUCUACAAGCAAACAAUUUAGCAAUAGAUUAUAUAACGUUUGCAUUUUUAUUGUUGAAUUUUAGUGCAGGUGGUAUUAUAGCAAUCUUUUGGUAUGCACCAACCAUUUUAAAUCAAUCCUAUCUUAUUAUCAUAUCUGCAUUGAUGGCCAUUUCAUUUACUCGUCUCCCAUCAUGGACCACAUGGUCAAUUCUAGCCAUCGUCUCAAUCUAUGAUCUUUUUGCGGUACUUUGCCCAAAGGGUCCACUUCGUGUAUUGGUUGAAACUGCUCAAGAAAGAAAUGAAACUAUUCCUGCUUUAAUUUAUAAUGCAAACUUUGAUCCACCACCAAAUAGAGUACAAUCACCAAGAUCAACAAAUAAGAGUAGUAGUAAUAGUAAUAAUGAAAAUGAACCAUUGAUUGAAGGUGAUAGUGAUCAACAACAAGAUGGAGAUCAACCACAACAAUCACAACAACAAGAUGGUCAAGAAGGACAAGAAGAAGAUAUCGAAAUUGAAGAAGUAGGAGAACAAAGAAGAAGUUUAAAGUUGGGUUUGGGUGAUUUUGUUUUCUAUUCUGUAUUAUUGGGUCGUGCUGCUUUAUUCGAUAUGAGUACUGUAUUUACCUGCUUUGUUGCUAUUGUUACUGGAUUAUUUGCAACAUUAUUAUUAUUGGCUAUUUUUAGAAAAGCAUUACCUGCACUUCCAAUAUCUAUAGCUUUUGGAAUAUUAUUUUAUUUCUUAUCAAGUGUAUUCUUGUAUCCAUUCAUCGAAACAUUAGGUGUCUACCAAGUAUUUAUUUAA